AUGCCUCUCUCCUCACCUCCCACGAAGACCUUCCUUGGUCGUGAUCCGCCCCGCCAGGAUCGCAUCAACGGGGUGUCGGCGCAGCAAAAUGUUAUCAUCUCGCACAAUGGGUGGCAAUACGCGACGUUCUAUACCAGCAAGGUCAUCGAGGAACCCGGGAGCCCUCUCCUGGUGACGCUUGCGCGCCGUCGCCACGACGCCGGCUGCUCCGCAGCGUGGGCGACGAUGAUCCUGCCAGAUUAUGAGCAGGUCACCGACGACGGCCACAAUACCAUAUCGCUUGGUAUCUGUGCAGGCGACGGGACAAUUCAUCUGUCGUUUGAUCACCAUGCGGAUCGGGCGGGUUUAGGAUCAGAGGCUCUCUACUACUACUCUGCUUCGACCCAUGAAUAUGCGUUUCGCGGCGUCUAUCUCACCGGUAUCAACAGCAACCCGUACCUUAAUGGCAUGGAUUAUUGGAACGGCCGACUCCAUCUAUCCUGGACGUAUCGCGGCUUCGUGGAUUAUGAGGGCGCCCGAGCAACUGAUGCAUCGAUACACCAGGUUCCUGCCGGGCCGAACGGCUCGGAGAACAACCACGCGGUUGCGUAUAUGUAUUCCGACAACGCGGGAAAGGUUUGGCGGAAUAGUGCUGGACAAGAAGUUGCCAACGUAAGCUUUGGUGAAACCGUGCUCCCUACUUCGCGUGGUAUCGUCGUGUACGAUCUCGCAAAGCACAGUGGGAUCGCGAAUCAAGAAGGCCAGACUGUAGACCGUGACGGGGGCUUCCACAUUCUCAAUCGAGAAAAUACUAGCGGGGAAGAGAGGUGGAGACAUUACUACCGCAGUCCAACUGGGGAAUGGAUUGCCAGAAACCUUCCUGAUCACCUGCCACGGAUCGAUGGACCUAGAGGCAAGAUGGCUGUGGAUCGACAAAGCAACCUUUACUUUGUUCUUCCGGGAAAUCACCACCCAACGUUGACCGUUGCGCGCUCUACUAAAUUUACUGGUUAUCGAGACUACGAAGUCCUAUGGGAAGGCACAGGGUACGCUGCAGAACCGCAUAUCGAAAUCAAGGACAUUGAUCAUGGUAGCAUUCUGAGUAUAUUUACAGUGUCGUGCGAGGAGGAUGGCAAGGCGCACGUAGUCGUUCUAGAUCUUGAUGUAUCAAUCAUAUAG